AUGUUGAAUCUGUGUCAUGCUCUUCGAGGCGUACGUCAGUUUUCCUGUUCUGUGAUUGUGAAAGUGAAAUGUGCGUCAUGUUCCAUAAAACUACAGGAUCAGGAUCCUAGUAAACCAGGAUAUUAUACGAAGCCAAAAAGUCUACCCGACUCAAAACUAAAUCCUGACCUCCAAGAUCUGAAGUAUUUGCUAUUCAGUCAAGACAUACAGCUCUCGAAACAGGCAACUCAAAAUGAUCCUGACCUCAAAACCAAAAGAGAUUUACUAUUGAGAGUGAUUUGCAAAAGGUGCAGUAAUGCCCUUCAUCAUAACAAUUAUAACCCGGAAGAGUUUCCCGAAAGCACAUUAAAUGAUAUUCUGAACUACGUCCCCAGAGGCUCAAAUGUUAUGCAUAUUGUCCCCUUUGUAGAAUUUCCCUUACAUUUAGACCCCAAUGUUUUGAAACGAAAUGAUUUAGAUACUACAUUAGUGUUAACGAAAAGCGAUCAAGUUUUUAAAGAUAAAAAUGCUGUCAGCAAAAAGGUUCCUAUAUUCAUGAAGCAAUUUUUAAAGAACACUUUAAGAAUUGACUCAAAUAAAACAUUCGCCAUAUCUGCGCUGAAAAACUGGAACAUAUCCAUGUUUUACAACUACUUUAAAAACUACACAUAUUUGCUAGGCAACCCUAAUGUUGGUAAAUCAACUUUGAUCAAUACUCUACUACAGAAAUAUCUUGGAUAUAAGGUUAAAAUUGAUUCUACUGGGAAAAUUAACUCCCCCUCUGAAGAAGUGAUGCAAGAAGCUUUUACGAACCCGAAGAAUUUUUUCAAGAUUCAAGCUGCUGGUGUAUCACAUAUUCCCAAUUUAACUAGAUCCGUACAAGCCUACCAAGUUGGAGGUAAAAUACUUUUUGAUCUUCCAGGCUAUUCAACUUCCACCUCCAGAUUACGCCUAGAAGAACUAAUCGACGAGCGUUGGCUUCAAAGGCUGCGAAAAACCGAUUUAUUCAAUCGGAAGCAUAUAAAACAGAAGACUUAUGAGUCUAUGAAGGGCACAUCACAGGGAGGCUGUUAUACCGUGGGAGGGAUUUUCUACCUGGUACCUCCGAAAGGAUCCAUAAAUCAGAUUGUGAAAUACAUACCAGGACCAUCAAAAACAUUCAAGAACAUUGAAAAAGGUAUUGAUGUAUUCAACUCGUGCAAUUCAUCAUCUGGCACACAUCCGUUAUCACGGUAUUGUGGAAUUAAAAGCGUUAUAUGCGAAAAAAGCCAGUACAAAAGGUACGCAAUACCUCCAUUUAUUGGAAGUAUAGAGAUCGUUCUGAAAGAUAUAGGAUAUAUUUUAUUAAGGACAACUGGGAGGUAUGAGUUCAAAGGACUACAUGAGAUAUGGAUACCUAGGGGUAUCCAAGUAGGUAUAAGGGAACCGCUAGAAAACUUGAUUGAGUCUGGCUACCAGCGUUACAUUGAAACAAAUGGUAAAGAGUCAAGCUGUCCCAGAGAUAGACCGAUCAUCAGUUCCCUGUAUGAGAUGGCCCCGGAUGAAGCUGAUACUUUGAACGCAGUGAAGAAGUCGUAUUUAGAAAAAACCGAGAAAGAUUUAUCUGCUAGAAGAUUUGUCGACGAUGAUCCUUAUGAUUUGGUUCAACACCUAGAAAAAAAAAAGAAUCCCUAUUGGUACUACCAAUGGUAA